AUGUCGGGGAAGGAGCAGGGGAAGGAUGACAUGGGCGGACAGAGCCCGGCCAUGGACCCGCAGGCGCUGCAGAAGAUGGUCGAGCGGCAGCUCGAUCUGAACGCGGGGAACAAGAAGGACACGAAGGACAAGUACGCCUUUUGGGAGACGCAGCCCGUGGCGCAGUUUGGCGCCAAGGGCGGGGUGCCGCAGGACGGGCCGAUCGACCCGCCGAAGACGAUCAACGACGUCCGCGCGGAGCCGAUCAAGCUCCCCGCGCCGUUCGAGUGGUGCGACUGCGACCUGCGCGACGAGGCCGUCACGCAGCAGGUGUACGACCUCCUCGCGAGCAACUACGUCGAGGACGACGACAACAUGUUCCGGUUCGACUACUCCCCGGAGUUCCUGCGCUGGGCCAUGAUGCCCCCGGGCUGGCGGACCGACUGGCUCCUCGGCGUGCGCGACGCCCGCACGCAGAAGCUCCUGUCCUUCAUCAGCGCCAUCCCGCAGCGCAUGCGCGUGCGCGAGCACAGCGUGCCGAUGGUGGAGAUCAACUUUCUGUGCGUCCACAAGAAGCUCCGGUCGCGCCGCCUCGCGCCCGUGCUGAUCAAGGAGAUCACGCGGCGCGUCAACCGCACGGGCGUGUGGCAGGCGGUCUACACGGCCGGCGUCGUCAUCCCGAAGCCCGUCGCGGUGUGCCGGUACUGGCACCGCUCGCUGAACCCGAAGAAGCUCAUCGAGGUCGGGUUCUCGCGCCUGGCGCGCAACAUGACCAUGGCGCGCACGGUCAAGCUGUACCGGCUCCCGGAGCGGCCGCAGAUACCGGGGUGGCGCAAGAUGGAGGCGCGCGACCUCGCGCAGGUGGGCGACCUCCUCCGCGCGCACCUGGACCGCUACGCGCUGCGGGCGCAGAUCACCGACGAGGAGCUCGAGCACUGGAUGAUGCCGCGCGACGGCGUGGUGUACACGUACGUGGUGGAGCGCGAGGGCGGGCGCAUCACGGACAUGGGGUCGUUCUACAGCCUCCCCUCGCAGGUCCUGGGCCACGCCCACCACACCGACGUCAGGGCGGCCUUCUCGUUCUACUCGGUCGCCACCGAGGCCUCCAUGCGCGACGUCAUGAACGACUGCCUCACGCAGGCCAAGCUCGAGGGGUUCGACGUCUUCAACGCCCUCGACCUCAUGGACAACGCAGACUUCCUCAAGGACCUCAAGUUCGGCAUCGGGGACGGGUUCCUGCACUACUACCUGUACAACUGGGGCGGGGCGGGGGGGCAGGGCGACGAAGCGCCGCUGAAACCGAACGACGUCGGCCUCAUCAUGCUGUGA